GCCGCCGCUGCUGCUGCCGCCGCCGCUGCUGUGCUUUCGUGGCCCUUCCACACCCCCACCGCCUGGACUCUCGUCUCCCUUCGUCUCGCCUUCGCUCUUCCCCUUGAGUGCACAGAGACGAGGAGGAGGAGGGCGGCGGACCUCAGGCCACCCGCGGGCCCGGAGCUUUGCAGAGCCGAGGUCCGGGAGGAAAGUUCCCCGGGAGUCGAGCAGGGAGAGUUGGAGCGAAGUUUGGCCGGCCCCGGCCGGGCGCUCCCGGGAUCCCCGACUUCUCUGUGCGCCUGCCUGCCUCCCCCUUCGGGGGGAGACCCCUCUGACCACCCCCACUAUGUCUUCCAUCCUGCCCUUCACCCCCCCGAUCGUGAAGCGCCUGCUGGGCUGGAAGAAAGGCGAGCAGAACGGGCAGGAGGAGAAGUGGUGCGAGAAGGCGGUCAAAAGUCUGGUCAAGAAGCUCAAGAAGACCGGGCAGCUGGAUGAGCUGGAGAAGGCGAUCACCACGCAGAACAUCAACACCAAAUGCAUCACCAUCCCCAGAUCCUUGGAUGGCCGACUGCAAGUAUCCCACCGGAAAGGGCUGCCCCAUGUGAUCUACUGCCGCCUUUGGCGAUGGCCAGACCUUCACAGCCACCAUGAGCUACGUGCCAUGGAGAUGUGUGAAUUUGCCUUCAACAUGAAGAAGGAUGAAGUCUGUGUGAAUCCCUAUCAUUACCAGAGAGUAGAGACACCAGUUCUACCUCCUGUUUUGGUCCCAAGACACACAGAGAUCCCAGCCGAGUUCCCUCCAUUGGACGACUACAGCCAUUCCAUUCCGGAGAAUACUAACUUCCCUGCUGGGAUCGAACCCCAAAGCAAUUACAUUCCAGAAACCCCACCCCCUGGUUACCUGAGUGAGGAUGGAGAAACCAGUGAUCACCAGAUGAACCACAGCAUGGAUGCAGGUUCUCCAAACUUAUCUCCGAAUCCUAUGUCCCCCGCCCACAAUAAUUUGGAUCUACAGCCUGUCACAUACUGUGAGCCGGCCUUCUGGUGCUCCAUCUCCUACUAUGAGCUGAACCAGAGGGUGGGGGAGACUUUCCAUGCCUCUCAGCCUUCCAUGACAGUGGAUGGUUUCACUGACCCAUCCAACUCGGAGCGCUUCUGUCUGGGUCUAUUGUCCAAUGUGAACAGGAAUGCGGCUGUGGAGCUCACCAGACGGCACAUUGGCAGAGGAGUGCGGCUCUAUUACAUCGGUGGGGAGGUCUUUGCCGAAUGCCUCAGUGACAGUGCCAUUUUUGUCCAGUCCCCCAACUGUAACCAGCGCUAUGGUUGGCACCCGGCAACCGUCUGCAAGAUUCCACCAGGAUGCAACCUGAAGAUAUUCAAUAACCAGGAGUUCGCAGCUCUGCUGGCUCAGUCUGUCAACCAGGGCUUUGAGGCUGUUUACCAGCUGACUCGGAUGUGCACAAUCCGCAUGAGCUUUGUCAAAGGCUGGGGAGCUGAAUACAGGAGACAGACUGUGACCAGCACCCCCUGUUGGAUUGAGCUGCAUCUGAAUGGUCCUCUCCAGUGGCUGGAUAAGGUCCUCACCCAGAUGGGCUCCCCUAGCAUUCGAUGCUCUAGUGUAUCUUAGAGACAUCUAUAAGGAAUGGGAAUGGGGAGGGUAGAGGUGCUGGUGAUGGUGGUGGUGGGAGGGGUGGUGAGGGAGGUAGGAAAAUCUAAGACUCAUUCAAAAUGGGAAGCCUGUUUAACUGACACCUAUCAAAGAAGAAACGUUUCUCCUCAACCAAAGUGAUCUUGACACACUUAGAAAAAGUCAACCAGACACAGAGGUAGUUUUGAAAAAAACCAUCCAACUCGACCACUUCUGCAGAUCAAGAUUAGGAAUUUGGAAUAUGGCAUGAGGUGCCAUAGAGCCGAUUCAAAGCACAUGUUCAUCAUACUGGUGAAAACAGACUUUGGUUCAGUUGUCUUGAAGCUGGAAGGUGGUAUUUUGCAUCCCCCGUUGGUCCCUUUUCUUCCCCCGCCCCUUGCCUCCUCCCCAUUGUCCUCCUUCAGUGAUGGCUUUCUGUGGGGGUCACCAUCUGAUUAGAAAUGCCCAUCUGUCUAGGAUGGAAAAUAGAAACUCUUCUUUAAAAGGCAUUGCUAGGAGGAAACGCUGGGUUUGCAGUGGAGAGGGGGACUGUGUCCUCUGGCUUUCCCAUCCCCAUCCUCCAGGCCGUUUGGCAAGAAGGGACACUUCAGCUGAGCAUUCCCGAGACUCGUCUCUUCAGCAUGCCGUACUGUGGACAGACCACCUUUGAUGUCUUCCCUGUCCUCUCUGCUGAAAGGAGGCAGUGUAUGCAGUAGAAACAAGGAUUCAUGCACCAAUGGGGCGGUAGGGAAAGUCAGUGAGAACCAUUAUUACCUUCUUCCACAGCUUGCCUUGUUUUUUGUUUCUUACUUUAAAAAGUUGGAAAGACCAGUCUAGGUUCUGUGCAUAUGCGAUGUAUAGUUCUUAUUAUCACAUUAAUCUCAAAGAGAUUUGAAUUACAUUAACUAUUUACAUGAAGCAAAGGACAUAUGUCAUGAGUUUUUAAUGUUGCAGUAGUUGUUUUUGGCUAGAACAGCACUACACUGAGUGGGUUUUCAGUCAUUUCCAAGAGCUCACUCCAUAUCUUGAUGCAUCUGGCCAUCACUGUUUAAUGUAGUCAGUUGCAUUAAUUAAAUUAACAUUUUAUUGUAUCUUCUUAUAAAUGUUUAUUUUUUAAAUUUUCCUCAGUUAAUACAUUGACAGGAAAGUCCCUGAGAGAGGGAGGAGGAGGAGGA